AUGGGCGUGAAAGAUCUGUGGAAUUUACUGACACCUCAUAUGGAGCGGAAGCCGCUGUUUGAGUUAAGCAGCAAAGUGGUUGCUAUUGAUCUUUCCGGCUGGGUUUGUGAGAGCUUGAACGUUGUGGAUUAUUUCGUCCAUCCUCGGUUCUAUCUACGAAAUUUAUUUUUCCGCACCUGUUACCUACUGCAAACUGGCAUUACACCUGUUUUUGUCUUGGAAGGGACUGCACCGCCUCUGAAAUAUGGAGUGAUCGUGCAGCGGAAUCAAAUGCAGUUUCGCGGUGCUCGCCCUAAGAAGAUUGCAAACUGUGACAAAGCGUCGACCAGCUCGGCAGCACCAACGACGGAAAAAAAUGGAAAACCAUCAGAACAAAAGCGCAGCCGCUUCCAUCACGUACUCAAACAAUGCGAGGAACUACUGAAUUCUCUUGGGCUAGUUUGUGUUCAGGCCCCCGGUGAAGCGGAAGCCCUUUGCGCCUACCUUAAUCGAGAUGAUCUCAUCUACGGCGUUAUCAGUCAAGAUUCCGACUGUUUUGCGUACGGGGCUGUCCGCGUGUUUCGCAACUUUUGUGCGUCACAGAGCGGUGGUUCAGUGGAGAUCUACGAUUUGAGCAGGCUGCAGGACAGUCAUCUUCGUUUGGGCCAGGAAAAGAUUGUUGCCAUGGCACUUCUCACCGGAUGCGAUUACUGCCCGUCGGGUGUAGUAGGCGUUGGCAGGGAAAUGGUAACUAGAUUCUUGGGUUGCUAUGACAACGAAGAAAUUUUGGCACAAAUUCGGUCCUGGCGUCGGACGGCUGAUCGACUAACGGAGCUCGAGGUGAGAGCCGAAGAUAAAAAUGUUUGUUCGGAUUGUGGCCACAUCGGAAAGCAGCUGCAACAUCGUAAAUCUGGUUGCUUGGAUUGCCAUACGAAGCCUGGAUGCAAGGAAACGGAAUGGAAGCAACGGCGCAGCAAUAUUAAAACAGAACUGGAAAUAAAACGAAAAGCGCUGAAAGAUCCUAACUUCCCUCACGAACCGAUCAUCGAAGAGUUUCUUACAAGACCAUGCGAACUGCCAGGUCUCGAUUUGUCAUGGAGGCAGCCAAACCUAGUCAAAUUUAUAAACAGCAUGUCCGCCUAUUUGCAGUGGGAUGAACUUUAUUCUUUCCAGAAAUUAUUGCCCCUAUUCACACGCUGGCAAGUCUAUGCCAAUAUGCAUUCGUCUGGAAAACGAUCCACCAUAUUUUUGGUACCAGAUCAUAUAGUAAAGAAACGUUCUCCAAAAGGAAUACCCAGCUACGAAGUAGUCUGGAGCGAUUCCAAUAACAUGUUUAAUGGGUUGAUACCUCAGGAACAAAUAGACGCUUACGUUGCCGAAGCAGGGAACACGUUAGAAAGCAUAUGGAGCACGAUCGAGCCUCAUGAUUUGAUGCAGCAAGCAUAUCCAGAGCUUGUAGAUUCGUUUUUGUUGAGCAAGAUAAAAGGCAAAAAGAAAAAACUUACCCCGCAGCAUGAUGAGCAACCCAAGCCAAAAAGGAAAGCAACGGCAAAAAAGCCUUCAAAACAACAAACAGCGCUGAAGGAUUUUUUUAAAAAAUCUUCCAGUAUUGAAACACCACAGUUGGAAACAGUUGAUGAAAAUACGAAAAAUGCCAAUAAUCAACCGCCGUCAGAGCAGAUCGAACCAGUGGAUGAUUUUUUAAAUUUUACUGCCGAGCUAGAGGCUAUCGCAGAGGACUAUACUGCGAAUGACACGUUCGAUUCGUCUGCUGUGAUCAACCGUUUGUGCCAUCCAAGGUAUCUGCAGGAUGCGCUGGAAGAAUACAUGAUGAUCAUUGAAACAGAGAAAAGGAGCAAAGCUUUAGAAGACCUGCUAACACAAAGUGCCGCUUUUUUGCCAGCCACUGAACCGGAUACUUUCGCCGAACCGAAUGAUUCCUACAGUGCCGAUCGUAACGUUCAGCAUCGAAUUGUGUUAAAACAGGACAUAUUAAACGCUUCGAUGGGUAGUGCGCAACAUAACCAGUCGGGUCUUUUAGCCCAUAAAACAAGACGGAUGAGCUUCUUUUUCGAGCCGAUUGACAUUCCUCCGCCAGAUGAACAGCACGAUAAUGAGGAGGAACCAAUAGACAUGUUCGAAUGUUCUCUUAUGCUAAAGGAUCAAAUCAUUAUAACUCCUAAUGAUGGCCAAAUGGAUCAAACGAUUGUGUAUGAUAUCGACUUUUAA